UCAAAAGCGCCUUGAAUGUACAUUGUACAUGUAGCCUACAUAUAUAUGUAUGAUCAUAAUGUCUCCAUAAUUACACGUGGAUGCCACAUCGUGCAGAUUCCAUGCUGGAAGUCACCCUGCGGGAAGAAGUAUAUUUUCGAAGUAAGAAUGACCCACUUAUUGAGAAUUCCACUCUGCAGCCAUUGCUUCAGUAUUAAAUGCCAGAGAUGGAUCAUACAGCAACAUGUACAUGUAUUGGCAAACCCCUUUCCUUUGAUAAGCUGCCGUAGUUGUUCCGACUCCUCAUACAAGCCAAGACUCAACCCAAUCAAUAUACAAAUGUUGUCUCAGCAUCUGCAUGAACAAAUCUUCAAGUCUGAUAAAAGACGAAGACAGAUGGAGCCCUCUUCGGAAGACAUUCAGAAAAGCAUCCAGCAUCUAAAAGACCAUGGCUUAUGGGGCAAGCAUGUUGACUUUCUCCCUGAGGUGGAUUUCAAACUUCCUAAACUCUAUGGGAGGAAUAUUGAUGAGCAUUUCCGGGUUCUGGCCAAUAAACAGAGUGAUAAAUACAUCAAGAUAUCAGAAGCGUUGUCAUUUGGAUCACUUCCAACAAUGCCACAGGAGUGGGCAUUUAUGAAAGGCUGGACAAUGUAUGAUGGGAGUGGAAACCAGACAGCAGUGGACUACCCAUUAGAAGAAGCUGUUGUAUUUGAUGUGGAAUGUCUGAUGGCUGAGGGUAAUUUCCCAACUCUAGCUGUGGCUGCCUCAACAGAAGCCUGGUAUUCUUGGUGUAGUGAGCGUCUAGUGGAGGAGCAUCUCUCCCUUUCUCCCCGCAUCACUCCUGCUGAUCUUAUCCCCAUGGAAACAACUAAUUCGUUUAGAUUAUCCGAAUCAGUUCGUUGGAAAGAACGACUAGUUGUUGGUCACAACGUUAGCUUUGACCGCAGUUUCAUCAAAGAACAGUAUUUCCUGAAGGGUACUAAAACCCGUUUCUUGGAUACAUUGAGUCUACACAUGGCAGUGUCGGGACUGACUACAUACCAACGAGCUUUGUGGCUUGCUGACCGGACUGGAAAAGGAGCCAAGACUCAGUACUUAGCAAAGAAAGCCAGCAAGAAGCCUGCUGGACCUCCUUCCACCAAGUGGCUUGAUGCAAGCAGUCCAAAUAAUCUUGCUGAUGUGUAUGCUCUUUAUAGUCGAGAUAAUGAAAGGUUAGACAAGAGCAAACGAGACACAUUUGUUACAGGCACAAUGGAGGAUGUACGCAGUGAUUUUCAGGAACUGAUGUCCUAUUGUGCUAAGGAUGUAGAAGCAACUCAUGUUGUCUUCACUCACCUGUUCCCUAAAUUUUGUGAAAGGUUCCCCCAUCCAGUAACGUUUGCUGCCACUUUAGAGAUGGGUCAAGCCUACUUGCCUGUCAAUCAAAACUGGGAACGCUAUCUGAGGGAAUCACAAGAAACAUACGAUGACCUCCAACAAGAGAUGAAAAUGGCUCUGAUGCAUCUUGCUAAUGAUGCUUGCCAACUCAUGCAAAAUGAUGGUUAUGUAGAGGACCCCUGGCUCUGGGAACUAGACUGGUCAACAGAAGACUAUAGACUUAAGAAAGAAGUUAUCCAUAAGAAGCGUAGAGCUACAUGGACAUCAAAAAGUGUGGAAGAGGAGGCUACAACUGUGUGUGAAAUGUCUAAGGACGAUGCUGAUAAAGAUGUAAUGCCUGUGAUGAAAACAUCUCAAGGAGUUGAGAUGGUGGUGGGAGAUGGAUUAACUGAAGAGGAAAGGUUGGAGAAUGAAGCAAGACAGGAGCGAUUAAGAGAAGUCAUGGAAACAGCCAAACGGAUACCAAAGAUUAAACAGCACAUGGUGGGAUACCCAAUGUGGUAUCGAGAGCUUUGUCCCAGGAAGGUAGAUAAUGAUUGGGCUCCAGGACCUUGUCUCAUUAGCUCUCAAGUUAGAAUAGCUCCAAAACUCCUGCGAUUGACAUGGGAAGGCUACCCACUGCAUUAUGACUCAAGGCAUGGAUGGGGUUACCUUGUGCCUGAAAGGAAAGAGGAAGAGAGGAAGGAAGAACUUGAAAAUGAUGAUGGAGGAAGUAAACAAAACCGGGAGACAGUACAGUUUCCUGUAAACAGCUUGAAGAGUUUCAUCCAGGACAAGAUUCCUGAUAACAGUGCACCUUCACUGAACAUAAAAACAUCACCGAUAGACUUGGAUUCACAAGCUAGUGUGAUACAAUCCAAUGUUGAAGACUAUUGGACUUACAGUGAGGACGAAAGUAUGUCUGAUGAUAAUGAUAGAAUACCUUCUCUAAAGCCCCCUGGUAAUCCAAAAGACACUUCAGAUGAUCAUAGUCAACAGCCUUACCAUGAUGUCAAGAUACCUGGCUGCUGGUUCUAUAGGCUUCCACACAAGGAUGGUGGAUCAAACAAAGUUGGUAACCCCUUAGCCAAGGACUUCUUGAAUAAACUUGAAGAUGGAACUUUAGCUUCGGCAGGAGGAGCACAAGCCACUCGUAUCUUGGAGAUCAAUAAACUCAUCUCAUUUUGGAGAAAUGCAAGCAAGAGAAUUAAUUCACAGAUGGUUGUUGGACUUGAGAAGAACCAUCUUCCUCGAGCUGUGACCCGUAACCAUGACUACGAUGAAGAUAGUUUCUAUGGUGCUAUUAUCCCUCGUGUCAUUACUGCGGGAACAGUCACUCGUCGAGCAGUUGAACCCACUUGGCUGACUGCAUCUUGCACUGCUCUUGGAUGGAUGACUUUACAAGGCAAGAAGAGUGAUGGUACAGACAUGCACAGUAUGACAGCAUCGACUAUUGGUAUCAGCAGGGAACAUGCAAAGAUAAUUAAUUAUGGUCGAAUUUAUGGUGCUGGAAGACCCUUUGCCGUGCGUCUUCUGAUGCAGUUCAAUCACAGACUGAGUCCAGAGGAGGCAAGAGAGAAAGCUAACAAGAUGUAUGCAGCAACAAAAGGAAUUAAAAUGUAUCACAUUGAAGAAAAAUCAGCUGAAUUCCUUCUAAAACAUGGACUUAUUGACAAAAGAGAUGACCACUAUUUAUCUGUGGCUAAAUUCAGACAAAUCAGCAAACACAUCAAACCAGAUAAGAGAAAUUUACUGACAGAUGGCAAGAAAUGGACAAAAGGAAGUGAGUCAGCUAUGUUCAAUCAACUUGAAAGCAUUGCUCAAUCGGAGCACCCAAAGACACCUGUACUCAGAUCUUCAAUUAGCACAGCACUGGAGCCUAAAAGAGUAAACAGUGAGUUUAUGACAAGCCGUGUUAACUGGGUUGUGCAGAGCUCAGCAGUAGACUACCUUCAUCUUAUGCUUGUCUGCAUGCGUUGGCUGUUUGAACAAUAUAACAUUGAUGGACGGUUCUGUAUCAGCAUACAUGAUGAAGUACGUUACCUGGUCACCAGUGAAGAUAGGUAUCGGGCAGCAUUAGCAUUGCAGAUCACCAACCUGCUGACGAGGUGUAUGUUUGCUUACAAAGUGGGCAUGAAUGACCUGCCUCAGUCUGUAGCAUUCUUCAGUGCUGUGGAUGUUGACACUGUGUUACGCAAGGAAGUGACAAUGGAUUGCCAAACACCGUCCAAUCCCUAUGGUCUAAAGAGGGGCUACGGAAUACCUACAGGGGAAGCUUUGGACAUGUAUGGAAUAUUGAAGAAAACAAACCAUGGUUCCUUAGCUAAAAAGUACAGCAACAACAACAGUGGAAACUGCAGUGGUCUGACUUCUGCUACGGUUUCAUCCGAGUAGCAUUUCCAGUUUGCCGGAAUAAAUGAACAGAACCUGUCCUGCUGCAUCCAGAUCACUAAGACGAGACCGAUGACUGUCAAGACAUACCACAGGAAAUCUCUUGCAAGGGACCAGUUGGAAAGAUAUACAACCUGUAAAAAUCAAGAAUUGGAAGCACCUUGUUGCAAGGUCAGUGUACUGAAAUGGCUGCCUACGUUGAGGCUUACUAACAUAUCCUGCGUCAUGUAAGUGGACCAACCAAUGAAGAGAUCUCCAAAGUUGAAGAUGCCGGUUACCAUGUAGUUGACAGAGGUAGACUGGCUGAUGUCCGCCGAAGUAGAUACGCUGACCGUAGAGGUAGACAGGAUGAUUUCAGCAGAAAUAGUUGUGCUAAGGUCAGCAGAGGUGGUCACGUUGACAGUGGAGGUACAUAGGCUGACAUCAGCAGAGGUGGUCACGUUGACAGCGGAGGUGUACAGGCUGACGUCAGCAGAGGUGGACAAGCUAAUGGCAGAGGUAGACAGUCAGAGAGUUGAAGUCGUCAGAAGAAGACCAGCUGGCAUUGGCAAAAAAACUGAAGUGAGACUAGAUGCCAUCCAGUCUAUGCUGCUUUCCUUAAGAUGUCACAGCGAUGUGAAUGAUACCAGUCCCCACCACACAGCUGUUUGAGAAGCUCUUCCGUCUCAGUGGAUGCGUUUCCACCCAUGUAUUCAGUGACCAGGGAAUCCCAUCCUGGACAAUGCACGCCUUGAUGCAGCCCCCUCGUAGAUGCCCAACCAUCCUGUUUGUGUUACCUGUCUCAUGAUGCCAUUGAUGUUAUGCUCCGGCAUACGCCUUGCCAUUGAUACCAGUUCCUAGUGGCUACCUUUCUGCAGUGGUCCCUUCUUGGCUAGUGUUGCGUCUCGUGAAUGUAUUGUGUGGCUUUUCAUAGUUUGCUGGCUAUUGAGGGACAUACAUCACUGGCUUCCAGUAAACUAAGAACAGGGCAGUUGAUCAUCUCUGUCAUCUCAUCAAACAGCAGUUUUAGAUGCCUUACAGAUUUCACUUUUAAGGUGAGCGAGAUUUCUUUUGCAAUUUCAGAAGAAGCUCAGCAUUAAUUAAUAAUAAUUGUUAUUGUUAUAAAAUAAUUGUUAUUUCAUACACGAUGUUUGUGAAUUCUGUGAACAUUUAUGAUGUGUCAAACACAAACCUGAUUGCUCUUCACAGCCUGCAUUGCAGGGCAUUGCCAUAGAAAUAUUGUCAAAUAUUACACCACUGACUUUCAAGAGUUGGUACUUAUGGCGGUGUUGAAAGUUGGUUGAUAAUCUUGCUUUUUCAAAAUUCAGGGUUUCAGCUGCAAAUAAUACCAUCAAUGGUUUUCUUUUAAAAUGAAGCAGUUGCAAUCUGCAGCUUCUUUGGAUAUUUUGUCAUAUGAUUUAACAGUUAAUAUAAAAUUGGAAAACGACUUCCUCUUGGUGUGAGCCUUUGAAUGUGGGAUGGAUUGGGAAUGCACAGUAUGUGGAUGUGGGUUUUGAUUCUGUUUUGAGAAACAACUGCAAAAACAGCAGCUGAAAACCAAGAGAUGAAUGGGCAACUUUAUUUGGAGGUCGACGAAAAAAGGACAGUCCCAAAAUGUUACUUUAUUUUCAGUUUUAUUGAAUAUUUCCAGCAGAAGAAUCAUUUAUAAUUGACCUUGCCAAUUGGUAUACAAGCUAAAUUUGGCUCUAUGUAAGGCCUAAUCCAAACUAAGCUUUUAUCUGUGACUGUAGGGUUGGUGAAAAUCAACUGAUCUUGUUGUCAUUUUGUUGAACAUAUCCACUGGAGAAUGUUUCAUUCUGAUAUUCCUACAUUUAAGAGAACUAUACACAAAUGAAGGUGAAAGCUUGGGUCAG